GUGGAUGAGCAAAUAUGAUAGGUCUCAAAUUUGAAACUGGAUCGGGAGGACCAAUUACGUCAUAUAAUUGAGUGUUUUUUAGGUUAACUGUUUUCUAAAAGAAAAAUGUAUAAACGCUGCAUGUUAUCUUUGUGUACACAUAAAAUAUAUAAAUAAAAUAAAUACACUGGUUAAAUUUGUACUGGAAAUUUGUCUCACCAUUUUCUUACUAGUAGUCAUAGUAAAUUAGUGUAGCUGAUGUACUGACGACUCGUGAGCUGUGUAAAUUACUGCAAAUUAGUGUUUAGGAUACUAUAACCUCAAAAAGUAGAAAGUUUUAUGUAACUGCGUUUUUUAAAGAUUGAAAAAUAAUUCGAUUACUUUCACAAGUGAAAAUACAGACACAACAUGUCAGAGACAUUCGAGGAUAAAUUAGUGGCAGAAAUUGCAGAAUUACGUGCAUUGUUGCACGCAAAAGAAACUGAAUUAGCUCAUUUGCGACAUGAGAAACAAAUUAUGCAAGAAUACGGCUUAGACAAUCAAGAGAUUUGUAGAUAUAGUCGUCAGCUGUUUUUGCCAGAAAUUGGCGUGCAAGGUCAGAAGAAAAUAAAAAAUAGUUCUGUACUUAUUGUUGGUUCUGGUGGUCUUGGCUGUCCCUCAGCAUUGUAUUUAGCAUGUGCUGGUAUUGGUCACAUUGGUAUAGUUGACUAUGAUAAUGUUGAAAUAAAUAAUCUUCAUAGACAAGUUUUGUAUGAUGAAAGUAGUAUCGGUAUUCCUAAAGUAUUUGCAGCAGCAGAAAGUAUCAAUAGGCUAAACAGCAAUGUAAGAGUUACCCCAUACAAAAUUCAGCUGAAUAGUGACAAUGCUCUAGAUAUUGUAAGGAAAUAUGAUAUCGUAUUGGAUGCUUCAGAUAAUGUAGCCACUCGUUACUUAAUAAAUGAUGCAUGUGUCUUGAGUAAAAAGCCACUAGUUUCCGGAUCGGCAUUGAGAUUUGAAGGACAUUUGUCGGUGUUCAACUACAAUGGCCCUUGUUACAGAUGUGUAUUUCCUACACCUCCAUCGCCAGAAACUGUGACAAACUGUGGAGAUGGAGGUGUUUUUGGUGCAGUUGUAGGAACUAUUGGUGUGCUACAGGCGUUAGAAGUAUUGAAAAUAAUACUUAACAUGCCUGAUGUAAUCAGCGGGCGACUUUUAGUGUUUGACGGAGUGGAAACCAAAUUUCACAAUUUACGCUUACGCCCGAAAAAUGCGAACUGUGUGAUUUGCGGAGAUAAUCCUACUAUAGACACAUUGAUCGAUUAUGAAGAAUUUUGCGGUGCAAAAGCAAACGACAAAGAGCCGAAUUUAAAUUUAUUGGAAAAAGAUGAUAGAAUAACUGUCGAAGAUUAUAAUCGAAAUGUGCAAAAUUCCAAGCCUCACCUGUUGAUUGAUGUACGCUCACCUGAAGAAUAUGAAAUUUGUCACUUACAAAAUUCCAUCAAUAUUCCUCUUACGGAACUCAGCAAGGAUAAUAGUUUAGAGUUGAUAAAAAACAACGUGAGAGAGAAGAAACUUCAGGACGGAGAAUGUGCGGUAGAUUUAUAUUGCAUAUGCAGACGCGGUAAUGAUUCGCAAAAGGCUGUGCUAUAUCUGAGAACGUUAUUUACUGAGGAUAUCUUAAUAAAAGAUAUAAUUGGAGGCAUUUAUGCUUGGAGCAACAAAAUUGAUGCAAGAUUUCCGAAAUAUUAGAGAAGUAUGAAGUGUUUUGUGAUCAUGUUUCUGAGGAUAAUAUUGAUAAAAAGAUACGGUAACCGAAAUGAAAAAAUAUGAUGAACCA